AUGACGCGUUUUGUCAGGAGAACGACGGACAGAGACAGAGAAAGAAGAUAGGUGAAAAGUGAGCUCGGUGCAGGGGAGGGGCAGCUGUACCGUUGUAGCUCCUCCACACAGACGGAAAACAAACAAUCCUGCCCUGAAAAAGAUCUCAAUCAAACGGAUCGGGGAUCGGCCACUAAAACAGAGUCGGACGGUUAACGUUAUUCGAUUCAUCCUCGGCCGACGCGACUCCAUUGGAUUCGAUUAGUCGCGCCGCUUUACCAGCCCAGAGGCCGCCGAAAUAACCCCAUGGCCAUUAUAUGAUCCACUUCCCAGCGUCGCUGCUACCCUCCAUGUGGGUGAGGGAACUGUGCGUGUCGGGCUAUGGCGAGAAAAACAGUUAGCAGGAAAAGGAAAGCAGAGGAGCCCAAGGAACAACAGUUUGACUGGUGUCAGAGUGCGUUCAAGCGUGCCCGCGUGUCCAGCUCAGCGCGUCAUGCCCAGCACUGGUGGCAGAGUCGGCGGUCGGUGGUGUGCUCUGUGAGAGGGAGGGAGUUUCGCCCCCAGCAGCAGCACGAGUGGAGCUUCCAGCGGAGUCUGCGCGGGUUCGCCGCUGGACGCAUCCCCGGGAUCCUGAGAGAGAGAGAGUUCUCCCUCGGCCGCCUCAACAAGGUGUUCGCUUCCCAAUGGCUCAACCACAGACAGGUGGUGUGCGGGACCAAAUGCAACACGCUAUUUGUGGUGGACGUCCUUUCAGGACAGAUAACCAGGAUACCCAUGCUGAAAGACAGAGAGGGCAGGGGAGAUAUCUCCCAGGGUUCGGGUGGAGUGGGAGGCCAUUUCCAUUUCCAAAAUCCAGGAUCAGUCGGUGGCCUGGAUGUCCAGCAGGGAUGUGGCAUCCACGCCAUAGAGCUGAACCCCUCUCGUACUUUGCUGGCCACUGGAGGUGACAACCCCAACAGCCUGGCAGUGUACAGACUUCCCACACUUGACCCUGUCUGUGUCGGGGAUGAUGGGCACAACGACUGGAUAUUCUCCAUUGCGUGGAUCAGUGAUACCAUGGCAGUCUCAGGAUCUCGUGAUGGUUCCAUGGGUCUGUGGGAGAUAUCAGAGGAGGUGUUGUCUCAAGCGGAGAAGCGUCAGAAUGUGGAAGGGGUUCCUAGUUACUCCCACAUUUCUCACCGCGCUCUCAAGGACAUCCCGAAAGAGUACACCCACCCCUACAACUGCAAAGUGCGCGCACUAGCCUUCAACAACAGCCAUAAGGAGUUGGGUGCCGUUUCUCUAGAUGGAUAUUUCCAUCUGUGGAAAGCACAAGACAACCUGUGUAAGGAGCUUUCUACCAAACUUCCUUACUGUAAGGAGAAUGUGUGUCUGGCGUACGGGAUGGACUGGUCUGUUUAUGCAGUCGGCUCUCAGGCUCACGUUUCCUUCCUUGACCCCCGGCAAUCGACUCAGAACAUCAAAUCUGUGAGCUCCAGGGAGCGUGGCAGUGGUAUUCGCUCUGUGAGCUUCUAUGAACACAUAGUGACAGUAGGCACUGGCCAAGGUUCCCUGCUCUUCUACGAUAUCAGGGCCCAGCGUUUUCUGGAUGGCCCAUCCAGCGCACCCGGCGGGUACCGGAAUCGCACAGCAGAGGGCAUCCUUAAACUCUCCACAGGGAGAGGAUGGCUGAAUCACGAUGAAACGUGGAGAAGCUACUUUUCCGACGUGCGCUCCUUCCCGAACGCCGUGUACACACACUGCUACGACGACUCCGGCACCAAACUCUUCGUGGCCGGCGGACCCCUGUGUUCUGGCCUACACGGAAACUACGCCGGCCUCUGGAGCUAACCUCCGUCCAUCAUCCCUCCAUUUCGCUCUCACGUACCAUGGGCUUAUAUGCCAUCUUCCAUUUUUCUCCUCACUCUUUUUUACUUUCAGUUUAGCUUCUAUCCAAGAUCAUCCUCUAUUUCUCAAAGGACUCAGGAGCAUAGAUGUGAUUCUCAGCUGUUUUUUUUUUUUUUUUGUGCUUGUUCUUCUGUCUUUAAAUUUUCAUUUGCCUAUUGUACUCCUGAAUUUACAUCUGUUUUUGUGUGUGGCGAAAAAACGGCAAAGAAAAAAGCAGAGAUGUGACCCUGGCUGAUGUCUGAUCUCCUGGAGAAGUUUGUUUGAGUCCUGAAAA